AUGGAAUACUUGAUCCGCUUUGCCCAAGUGCACGAAAGUUUUCGACGGCCGGAGAUCCAAGCACUGGCAGCCCUGGCUAAGAUCGAGCUUGAGAUCAUCUCUUAUAAUGAAUUUUCACCAUAUUGCAUUGUCCAGUUGGCAAAUGAGGAAGCUGCACGUGAACUUAUUGCUCGUAGCAUCCUAGCGAAAGAUAUCUUCGAGCUCUGGGCCCAAGGCACCAACUAUGAAGAAGUUCAUAGCGACGUCCGCAGGCGGACCCAGCAUCGCUGGAACGACUACAAGGAGGUAUCAUUUCGGUUUACCAUUGAGAGCUUUGCUGGAAAGCGAAGUAAUGAAGAGAAACGAGACAUUAUCCAGUCGUUCGCCUAUCUUGACUUCCAGGGUCCCAUUCAGAUGAAGAACCCAGAGGAGGAUUUCUGGGUGCUAGAGGAGUACAUCCCAGACGUUGCAAUAUCAAAGACGACGACCUCAUCAAGUAAAACACGGCCGGCUGAAUUACAAACCCCGCAGAAGAUCUAUUUCGGACGCUGGGUUGCCAAUAGUAGCCGGGAGGUCGUCAACAAGUACGGCCUUAAGAAGCGUCGGUAUAUCAGCACCACAUCGAUGGACGCUGAGUUGAGCUUAGUUACGGCUAAUAUGGCUCAUGCAGCGCCAGGGAAGUUGUUCUUUGAUCCGUUUGUGGGAACAGGAAGCUUCUGCGUUGCUGCUGCGCACUUUGGCGCCCUGACUCUCGGCUCAGACAUUGACGGACGCAGCUUUCGCGGCAAAGAGAUGGGGAAGGGUAAACCGAUGGGAGUAUUGUCGAAUUUUCAGCAAUACGGCACUCAAAGCAAAUUCGUAGAUGUCUUUACUUCCGAUCUGACAAAUACGCCUCUCCGCUCCAGUCAGUUCCUGGAUGGCAUCAUUUGUGAUCCUCCUUACGGUGUCCGUGAAGGGCUUCGGGUUCUGGGGACUCGGGAUGGGCGUGGGAAGGAAGAGGUCUUGAUCGACGGGGUUCCCGCUCAUCUGCGGCCGGACUACAUUGCGCCGAAGAAACCUUAUGGAUUUGAGGCCAUGCAGAAUGACAUCCUCAACUUCGCCUCGCGGACCUUACUUACAAAUGGACGACUGGCUAUGUGGAUGCCAACAUCCAGCGACGAGGAAGGGGAAUUGGCCAUCCCUAUGCAUCCAAACUUGGAGGUUGUGUGUGUCUCUGUACAGCCGUUCAACAACUGGUCCCGACGCCUUAUCACUUACCGCAGACUCCCGGAAGGAGAGACCUCAGACGUCUCUGUGGGACGAAGGAAAGCCGAUGCAGAGGGGAUGUAUGCUGAUGAGCUUAAUGCGUUCAGGAGGAAGUAUUUCAUGAAAAACCCCAACUCCAAAUCUAAAUCCGGUACAGAAAGCGAUGUAUCUCGAUGA